CAUCCAAGAGAGCAAAGCAAAACAAUCAACUGUAUUUAAGUUUCAAGUGAGAAAUGUAUACCUUCGGCGGCAUGGGACAUGGCGCUGGCUUGGGGCAACGGUGUCAACAACAAUGGAGCCAAUAACUUUGGCAUUGGUUUUGGAAGCCAAAACUAUGGCCAAAGUUCUGGAUCUAACCAUGUCAAUGGUGGAAUGUGGAGUGUUAGUGGUGCUUAUGGUGGCCAUAUCAACGUUGGCCCUGGUGCUAGAGGAGUCCAUUCCGGCUUUGCCACUGUAAGUGUCAAUACUUUGAAUGGACAAGCCAACUUGUGGUCAGGAUAAAGGCCUCCUUAUUUAGAGUAGUAUGUUUGUUGCCUAAAUAUAUAGCAGAAGAAAUUGAUGGUGGUAUGUAAGUCCUAAUUCUACAAGAUAUAAAUAAAUUAAUUAUGUUGCC